AUGCCCGGCAAAGUCAAGGCGUACGAACUCCAGUCGAAGUCCAAGAAUGACUUGACAAAACAGCUCUCGGAGCUGAAGACCGAGCUCCUCACUCUGCGUGUGCAGAAGAUCGCUGGCGGCUCCGCGUCGAAGUUGACUAAGAUCAACACCGUUCGCAAGUCGAUCGCUCGUGUCCUGACAGUCACGAACCACAAACAGCGUCAGAACCUCCGUGACUUCUACAAGAACAAAAAGUACCUUCCCCUCGACCUCCGACCGAAGCGCACUCGUGCCAUCAGGCGGCGGUUGACUCCUCACGAGAAGUCCCUCAAGACGCUCAAGCAGCGCAAGAAGGACAUCCACUUCCCUCAGAGGAAGUUCGCCGUCAAGGCAUGA